UCCCUGCCAGAUGGUGACUACAUUUGCAAAGUAUUCACUGCUCAAAAUAUUAACUCUUCAGUGGAAAUCGGUUGAACAAGCAGCCCCAGGACAAGACUUCCCCGAUACAACGCAUGAGCAGCUCCGUCUCAGCCACAGGCACCACCUCAAGAUGCUCUCCCAGUUAGAAAGUGCCAUGGACAACAUCAUCAAAGUUUUUUACAAAUACUCUGGGAAGGAGGGUGACAAAUACACUCUGACCAAGGCAGAGCUCAAGGAUCUGCUGAAAGGUGAACUUGAAGCAUUCCUCAAGUAUCAGAAAGAUCCCAACUCUGUGGACAACAUCAUGAAGGAUUUGGAUAUGAACCGUGAUGGCCAGGUGGACUUCCAGGAGUUUGUUCACUUAGUGACGGCCCUCACCGUCGCCUGCAAUGAUUUCUUUGUGGAGUUCCUGAAGAAACAGGGCAAGUUGUGUUGAGCAGGGGAUGAUGGUGUGAAUGUGGCAUUGAGGAUGGAAACGGUGAAGAAACCUCAGGGUUCAUCCUGGAAACUGGGACACUGUUUUAAUAAACAUGGCUCCUAUCAUUUUA